CACCAACAGCAGCCAGAUUGUUUCAUUGCGCCGGACGCUUUCCUUUCUUUUCUUACCCCCUUUCACCUUCAAGUCUAUAGAUACUUGAUAUCUCGCCUUUCCCUACACCCUCGGUAUUUGACGUUCGGAUUUCUAUACGCCACAGGCUCUUACAUCCACUCCAAUAACAAUGAAGCCCAUUUCCGUUCUCUUCCUGGCCGGCCUCGCCGCGGCAGCUAUCACAGACGCCGGGCUAGUCGCUACCCGCGACGAGAUUGCCCGAGACCUUGAGGAUAUCACAGACAGUCCUACUCUUGUCGAUAGAGACGAACAAGAUUCGGCUCUGCAUCCAUUCUCGAUUAAAGAAAGAGCCGAAGAGGAUGAUGAGAGUGAUCUCACCGGCCGUGACAUUGACGACGCUGCCACUUUUGGCGAGCUCAUAGCACGCCAGGCCAACAACACUGCUGGAGGUGGCAAGAAAAACAACGGAAAGAACAAUGACGGCAAGAAGAAUAACAACAACAACAACUGUCAGGGCUGCGCAAAGGGAAAGAAGAGGGGCAAAGACGCAAAGGGUAAAGCAUGCAGAUGUAAGAACGCCAAAAAGAACAACAAUGCCGCGAAGAACAACGGGAAGAAGAAUAACGGAAAUGCCGGCGGAAACAAGAACAACGGCACGGCUGCGGACAAUGGCAAGGGAAAGAACAAAAAUGAUGGCAAGAAGAACAACGGCAAGAACAAUAACGACGGCAAGAAGAACAACAACAACAAUGGUAAGGCAAAUGGAAAUGCCAACGCCGGCGCCAACAACAAUAACAACAACAAGGAUGGGAAGAAGAACAAUGGAAACGCGAACGCCGACAAGAACAAGGGCAAGGAUAACGGCAAGGGGAAUCAGGCUGGAAAUAAGAAGAACGGUACUGCGGUUGACGACGGAAAGAAGAAAAACGGGGGUAACGGCAAGGAGACUGGUAAGAAAGCCAACUUGUCUACGGGAGCUGGAGCUGCAGCUGCUGAAGCCGCCUAAGCGGUGGAUGUCUUAUAUCGGGCUCCUAAGAAGGACAGGACCAAUUGCUCAAGUGACGUGUCAGGCAGAGGGUGCUUGCAGAUAUUGAUGCGACCAGACUAGAACAUGGCAAAGGAUUCAUGUUUUCGGAAACCACGAAACAAUCAAUCGCUUCAGUGACCAAGUCUGCUUAAUGAUGAUGGUUGAGAUGACGGCCAUAUCUGUCUUGUAUCGUAAAGUUUCUCGGGAUUGAGACCAAAC